AAACAUAUAAGACGCGGCUGAGUUAAUGGUCGCGCAACGUGUUAGGAUUUUUAUGUAGUCCUAACACAUUCUGAAUACAAUCCUGCUACCUUUCAGUUCGAACUAUCAAGUUCUUUCAGUCUCACUUGUUGAUGUAAAUUAUCGUCGAUCUUCACCGCUAAAACCUUUUAAGGUUAAAUAAAAAAAAGUGAUCAGAUUGAUUAGGUCUCAUAAUUUUGCCAUGAGAAUAUGAUCACUGCUGUUCCGCCAGAUCCCUACUCAAACAUUGUAAAGACAAAUCUUUCAUAUGGGUUUAACCUAGCAGAAAGCAUCCACGUUAAUUUGACCGGGAAGAUAACUUCAAAACAAAUGGUUUUUGGGAAUUAAUUGAUGGCCACUAAUCGAACAGCUCACGUUAUUGUGCUUGGUGAUCUCUCACGAUCACCAAGAAUAUUAUCCCAAGCUCAGUUUUUGGCUCGUGAUGGUUGGGAUGUAACUAUAUCAGGAUACAAAACUGAAAUAAUAAACCCGUUGAAUUUUAAAUUGAAAGUCCUGGGUAUACCUAUGUGUCCGAAUUUCAAAGCUCUACAUUUCCCUUCGUUUAUGGUUUUUAUCCUCAAGUUUAUUUUUACGGCUGUAGCACUCUUCUGUCAUCUUACUAGACACUGCCGUAGCCGUUUAAUUUUGGUUCAGAAUCCUCCUGCAGUACCAACUUUUUUGAUUUUAUGGUUAUUUAUCAAGAUUACGGGGAAGAAUUUAGUUAUUGACUGGCACAACUAUGGUUAUACUCUUGUGGAGCUAAAUGCGCCUAGAAGAAGUUUAUUCACGCGGUUGUACUACAAAUUGGAAGUUGACUUUGCAAGUCGCUUUAUGUCCAGAAUGUCCGAUCGUGUUGCGAACAUUUGCGUAUCCAAAGCUUUAAAGUACGAUAUGGGAAUGAAAUCAAUAGAAGCAACUGUUUAUUAUGAUCGUCCUGCAGAAGAAUUCAAACCUACACCUGUAGAUGUUGCCCACUGUCUGUUCUUGAAACUCAGCGAUCAAUACUCAGCGUUUAGAAACAAACUAGAUUCAUGUCGAUUCACACGCUUUACUGAGAUAACUGCUCUACCGACUAAUACCAAGAACAAUGAGCCCCAUUGGCGCCCAGAUCGCCCAGCAUUGGUUGUUAGUAGUUGCAGCUGGACACCUGAUGAUGACUUCACGUUGGCAAUUAAAGCACUGGGAAUCUACGACAAGGCAGCUGAAAAACCAGAUUCAGGUUUACCCAGUAUUGUGUUUGCUGUAACAGGUCGUGGUCCACUACAAAGCUACUAUGCAAAAUUAAUAAAAGAGCAAAAGUGGAAACAUGUGGAAGUCAUUAUGUUGUGGCUUGAGUGGUCAGAUUAUCCCGUUUUUCUUGGAUGUGCUGACUUAGGACUUAGCAUACAUCGAAGUUCCUCGGGACUGGAUUUACCCAUGAAAGUAGUUGACUUACUUGGUGUGAACGUCCCUGUCCUGGCGCUAGGUUAUACAACACUCAGUGAAUUGAUGGAGGAUAAUAAAUAUGGCUUAUUUUUCGAAACUGGCGAACAAUUAGCUGAUCAAAUGUGCGACUUGUUGAAACCACCCCGUAAUUCUACAGUCCAAUAUACUUAUGAAGCUAGCCGUUUUUUAUCUGUUGGGUCAGAAAAAUUAAUUCAUUUCCGCGAAUGUUUAGCUGAAAGAAACAAACACCUGAUUAGAGGAUUUACCUACUGGAAAAAUACUGCAUUACCAGUGUACGAAAAAGCAGUUCAUACUAAUCCCUAUAAAAACAAAGAUAAUUAGAUGGUAAUACAUAAUACGAAUCUUU